AUGACGAAUCUCAAAUACAUCUACAUGGCCAACAACCAUCUGACUGGCACUCUGCCGGAUGCCAUCAGUCAACUGGAGAAGCUUGAACAGAUCUGGCUGGACAACAACAACAUCGAGGGCCUUCUGCCGACUGGCCUGUGCUCGCUGCCCUCGCUGUGGCGCAUCCUGUACGGGCGCAUCAACCGCGACUUCAAGAACAUGGUGGCGGAUGGCGGUGCGCUCAUCAACUUGGCUCACAACUUCUUCUUCGGUGAUGCCGUGCUCUUUGCUGCCGGCUGCCAGGUCUGCCCGAUUAACAUCACAGAGUCCAACCAGCUCGGCAUGGGGGACACCUUUGAUGUGCUAGCUGGCAAGUGCAAUGACGUUGCAGCCACUGGUAUGCGAGACAUCUCCGUGGCGGGGGCAGGCAAGGAGGCGAGGGUGAGUCUGUCGGGCAACUGCCUGACGCUCAGCCCGGACGCAGAGUGCUCAUCCAACGCCACCCAGCGCAGCGCAGCAGCCUGCCAGGCGUUCUGCAGCAUCACGGACAACGGCCCGUGUGACGGCCAUGGGGAGUGUGUGCCGCCUGCCCCCGCCUCCACCUCCAACUUCACCUGCCUCUGCGAUGCUGGCUACUCCGCUCUCGACUUGGGAAACGGCUCUACCUGUGCCAUUGUCAACUCCACCACCACCACUGUGUCCUCUCUGUCCACGGGCGCCAUAGUGGGCAUUGCUGUGGGCUGCUUUGCUGGCUUCACUCUGCUGGCUGCUGUGCUCGCAUGGCUGCUGUGGCCCCGCGGUCCAAAGAAGUGGGAGGGGCUGGAUGUGUGUGAGCAGUUCUCGCUGCAGCAGAUGGUGCGAGCCAUGGCGUCUCUCCACCACUCGCAUCUCGUUCGCCUGCUGGGCUUCUGCCUGGAUCAGAACGUGGAGACGGGCAAGCAGGAGCAGAUCCUGGUGUACGAGUUUGUGGGCAACAGGGACAUGGAGUACCAUAUUCACCGUAACAAGA